AUGACUGAUACGAAGCUUGAAGAAGAGCUUCCAGCUGGAGAGCCUGCGCCUGAGGUUCUAGAGGGGAGGAUUUGGGUCGAUGGCUGCUGGGACUUCUUUCACCAUGGCCAUGCCGGAGCAAUGCUACAAGCACGGCAACUCGGAACCGAACUUUACGUUGGCAUUCACUCCGACGAAUCAAUCCUAGAAAACAAAGGUCCUACGGUCAUGACAUUGGAAGAACGAGUCGCUGCGGUGGAUGCAUGUCGAUGGGUCACUCAGGCUGUACCACACGCGCCGUAUGUUACCUCCUUGCCGUGGAUAUCACACUUUGGUUGCAAAUACGUUGUGCAUGGGGACGAUAUCACCUCAGAUAGUAAUGGGGAGGACUGUUAUCGGUAUGUGAAGGCCGCUGGGCGAUUCAAAGUUGUGAAGCGGACUCCGAGCAUCUCAACCACGGAUCUGGUCGGUAGAAUGCUACUAUGUACUCGCACACACUUCAUCAAAUCCUUGACUCGAGUUUUGGCUGGUGAAGAAGGUUCGGGGACUGAAGCGGAGAGGAAAGCUGAAGGGCACGAUUUAACAGAAAGGAUGAAGAUGUACGCCACGGAUGAGACGGGCCUCAAGCCGGGUGCUAGCGUGUGGUUCUGGAAUGCCUCAAUUGAAGCUCGAGAAGACGCCACAGCCGAAGAGAAGGGUAUCUUCAGCAAUCUUUGCCAAGGUUUACAACCAAAACCAGGCCAGCGCGUUGUUUAUGUAGAUGGAGGCUUUGAUUUAUUCUCACCCGGCCACAUCGAAUUCCUUCGACAGGUUAUCAAAGCUGAAGAGAAGCUGGGUGCGCAUGAAGGGUGGUACAGCCAGCAAGCGAUUGAUGAGAGAGUUGGCAAAGGUGGGGAUUAUGGACCGGUCUUUGUCGUCGCUGGUGUUCAUGACGAUGAGGUUAUCAAUCACUGGAAAGGAGUCAACUAUCCCAUCAUGAACAUAUACGAGCGAGGCUUAUGUGUUCUACAGUGCAAGUACAUCAACGCCGUAAUAUUUGGAGCACCUUUCACUCCUACCAAGGCUUACCUAACCUCUACGCCUUGGGGCACUCCAGAUGCUGUCUAUCACGGACCCACGAGCUUCAUGCCUUUGACCUAUGAUCCAUACACAGCUCCAAAAGCUAUGGGAAUCUAUAAACAGAUCGGCAGGCACGAUUUCUCCGAAGUAAACGCUGGUUCAAUCGUCCAAAGGAUCAUGAAGAGUCGGGACAUGUAUGAAGAACGACAGCGAGUAAAAGGCGUCAAGGGCAUUGGUGAAGAAGCCCAAAGGAGGAGAGAGAUAUUAGAGGAAGAGCAGCGAUUAAAGGAGAAGAAGAUGACUUCAUGA